AUGUCUUCACCACCGCCCAGUAACCGUCAGCCAAAUGCAAGAGCAUCCAAUAAUGACACUCCUAGUUCCCAGCUAAGUGGAAUGAAUGAUAUCUCUUCUGUUCCUCCUACUCAUCCCACACAUUCAUCUCCACCUGCGUUCUCGUCGUUGGGGGGUGAGUUUCCUGGAAGUAGUCAACUUGGUGAGGAAAAUAGCACAUUAGGGACUGGUGGCAUUAUGCCCACUUUUCCAAGCUCUUCAAGACCUGGUGCGCACGUUGAAAAUAGCCAGACUCAGCUAGGGAGUAGCGAGUACUUUGACAGAGAGAAUGCCCUUGAAGAAGAGGGAGAGAACUUGCCACUUGAUGGUGUUAGAAGAAGAACUCUUAAUACUAUAAAGAAAGUUGAUGAUGUAACCGGUGAAAAGGUCCGUGAGGCAUUCGAACAAUUUUUAGAGGAGUUCACUCUCGAAGACGAAGAUAAUGAGAGAGUGUAUCGUGCUCAAAUUGAGUUCAUGAAAAUCUAUGAUUUGAGUACCAUUUAUAUCGACUACCAACACUUAGCAACAAGAGAAAAUGGUGCCCUGGCUAUGGCUAUUUCUGAACAAUACUAUAGAUUUCUACCUUUUCUUCAGAAAGGUUUAAAAAGGGUUGUGCGUAAAUAUGCUCCGAAACUGCUCUUAACCAAUGAUUCUGUAGCAUCACAGAAUACCCAGGAGCUUGAAAAUGAGAAUACUAUAGAUGCGGAAUCUCAAAUGCAAGAUAGCCAAACAACUGGCAUUUCAGGAUCUCGCCUGGGCAACGCAAGUUCAGGUUUGGCUACGGGUGGCUCAACUACCACUUCUCCUGAACAAACGGAGCGUGUUUUCCAAAUCAGUUUUUACAAUCUGCCAACUGUACAACGUAUCAGAGAUGUAAGGGCAGAAAAGAUCGGAUCAUUAAUGACUGUAUCUGGUACCGUAACGAGGACAUCUGAGGUACGGCCAGAACUUUACAAAGCCAGUUUCACUUGCGAAAUGUGUCGCGCUAUCGUCGAUAAUGUUGAGCAAGUAUUCAAAUACACAGAACCUACGUACUGUCCCAAUCCUUCUUGCGAAAAUCAAGCCUUCUGGACACUAAACGUUGGAAGAUCAAAGUUUCUCGAUUGGCAGAAAGCUAGAAUUCAAGAAAAUGCAAAUGAGAUUCCUACUGGUUCAAUGCCACGUACAAUCGAUGUCAUCUUGAGGGGUGAUUGUGUGGAAAGAGCUAAGCCAGGUGACAGAUGCAAAUUCACAGGUACCGAAAUUGUUGUUCCAGAUGUUACACAACUAGGACUUCCCGGUGUUAAGCCAAGUUCAAGCAUGGAUAUGAGAGGUAUUGCAAGAACAACGGAAGGACUCAACAAUGGUGUAACCGGUCUUAAAUCACUUGGUGUACGUGACUUGACUUAUAAGAUUAGCUUUUUGGCCUGCCAUGUAGCACAAACAGGAAAAGACUCAAUCAGUGGCAAUGAUCCCUUGCGUGAUGAAGAAACAGAUAUAACUAACAUGCAAAUAUCCAAUGUUUACCAGGACGAAGAGAAAGAUCAGGAAAUCUUUUUGAACAGUCUAAACUCGCAAGAAAUUAAUGAACUAAAGGAGAUGGUUAAAGACGAGCGCAUAUUCGAUAAAUUAGUCAGGUCUAUUGCGCCCGCUGUAUUUGGCCAUGAGACGAUUAAAAAAGGAAUCUUGUUACAAAUGUUGGGUGGUGUGCAUAAGACAACCGUGGAGGGUAUAAAGUUAAGAGGUGAUAUCAAUAUUUGUAUCGUCGGUGAUCCUUCGACAUCUAAGUCUCAAUUCCUGAAGUACGUCUGCAGCUUUGCUCCAAGAGCAGUUUACACAUCUGGUAAGGCAUCGUCAGCAGCUGGUCUGACUGCGGCUGUAGUAAAAGACGAAGAGGCUGGCGAUUUUACCAUUGAAGCUGGUGCGCUGAUGUUAGCAGAUAAUGGUAUUUGUUGCAUUGACGAGUUUGAUAAGAUGGAUAUCUCAGAUCAAGUUGCGAUUCACGAAGCUAUGGAACAGCAAACAAUAUCGAUAGCCAAGGCAGGAAUUCAUGCUACUCUUAAUGCAAGAACGUCCAUUUUAGCCGCAGCCAAUCCAGUAAGUGGGAGGUACAAUAGGAAACUAACGCUGAGAGGUAACUUGAAUAUGACAGCCCCCAUUAUGUCGAGAUUCGAUUUAUUUUUUGUUGUGUUAGAUGAUUGUAACGAGAAGAUCGAUACUGAACUUGCGGCCCACAUUGUUGAUCUUCACAUGAAAAGGGACGAGGCCAUUGAACCACCAUUCACUGCUGAUCAGCUCCGUAGGUACAUCAAGUACGCACGUACGUUCAAACCAGUAAUGAAUGAAGAAGCUCGUAACUUACUGGUUGAGAAAUACAAAGAUCUAAGAAAAGACGACGCACAAGGAUUUAGCAAGUCAAGUUAUAGGAUUACCGUUAGACAACUCGAGAGCAUGAUCAGACUCUCGGAAGCCAUUGCACGUGCCAACUGUGUUGACGAAAUCACUCCAAACUUCGUGGCAGAAGCAUACGAACUUCUGAGACAAAGUAUCAUCCGUGUGGAUGUCGAAGAUAUCGAUGUGACAGGGGAUAGCGACUCUGGAAGUGAUUCAGACUCAGAUGGAGAAAAUCCUAGCAGCGAACAUAACGGAGACGCCAACCAAGACGAUCUUGACACACAACGUUCGCCCAUACCGCCUCCCUCACCCACGCACGAUUCACCACGGGAUGGAAAGAAGAAACACAAAACGACUAUUUCUUACGACAAAUACGCAGAAAUGAUCAAUCUGAUUGUCCAAAAAGUAGCAGAAGAAGAGCGUGACGGUGGACACGAAUUGACAGCUUCUGACAUUGUCGACUGGUAUUUAAUUCAGAAAGAAAAAGACAUGAACAGCGAGGCCGAAUAUUGGCAAGAACAUAAGCUUGCUUACAAGGUACUGAAGCGUCUGGUUAAAGACAAGAUUCUAAUGCAGGUUCAAGGAACAAUGCAGUCUUUGACGGACGCUCACGAAGAUCAGCCUACCCCAGAGAGAGUCGUUUAUGUCAUACAUCCUAAUUGUGCAGUCCUCGAUAGCAUGGUAAAUUCAUCCUCACAGGAACAAGAUCAGUAA